AUGGUAUUGCUGUUCACUGCCUUGCCUCUGGCUUACUAUGUCUUCUACAGAACAUACAGCGACCCCCUCUCACCCAUUCCCGGGCCACUCAUAUGUCGGCUGACCCCCCUAUGGAGCUGGUACCAUUCAUUCAUCGGCGACGAAUCUCGCCAGAUUCACGCUUUACACGAGAAAUAUGGCCCUGUCGUGAGAAUCGGCCCCCACGAAGUCAUUUUCGCAGAAGGAGAGGCUUUGGCACCUAUUUACUCCGAAAAGGGAGGUUUUCUCAAGGCCCCGGCGUACGCCAAUUUCGACUCCGAAGGCCACAAGACUAUCUUCAGUGACCUAGAUCCUGUGCAUCGCGCCCAGAGAAGUAAAGCCGUCAUGCCGCUUUUCAGCACGGCAGCGCUUCGGUCUCGAAGUCAUGUACUUGAAAGCUGUAUCGAUCAAUUCAUUCAACGUCUUCGUCGAGAAAUUGCCAUAGCACGCGAGACCGCUGAGAAGACUGGUGGGAAAGCGGCUCCCGUGGACGUUCUCAAUCUCUCGAGGAGUUUCGCUCUCGAUGCAGUUUCGUCUUAUCUCUUUGGCAAAUCCUACAAUGGAUGCAGCGAGGAUACGGCGUCUACACCGCUCUCGGCAUCGGCAUACGUGGAUGAUAUUGUCUCCAUUGGACGAUUUUUUUUCCUGCCGCCAUACCUCUUCGUUCCUGUUUUUGCACUGUAUCAAAAACUUUUCCCGCCUACCGAGGAAGAAAAGUUGAGUGCGGAGAGAGUUUCGAAUUUUACCAAACCGUUGAUUAAACUGCCUACUUCACCUCUUCGUCCAAAAGAGGAGGAAAGAGAAAAAGAAGAAGAGGGUGGAUUCCAGUCCUAUCAAACCCGCCUCCUCACCACCGCACGCAUCAGCCCCGAAGAAACCGAGAUUCAAAUGAAAGACGUCAUUUUCGCAGGCACCGAUACCACGGGAAUGAAUCUGAGCAUGAUUAUAUGGAAUUUAUGCAAACAUCCCGACAUUUACGCCAAACUUCAACAAGAAGUCUCUGAAGCAGCAGCAACAACAUCAUCAUCAUCAUCAUCUUCCUCUGAAGAACAAAAUCUCCCCUAUCUAGAAGCAAUCGUCAAAGAAACCCUCCGCACAUCAAUGGCCAAUCCCACCCGAUUCCCACGUAUAGUUCCCCCUCAAGGCUGGACUUAUACUUCUCCCUCCUCCUCCUCCUCCUCCUCACCCACAACCAAAACAUACUUCCUCCCCCCCGGCACCCAAGUCUCCCUGCAACCCUGGACUCUCCAUUCCAACCCCAUAAUUUUCCCUGAUCCGCAAGACUUCAAUCCUCAACGCUGGCUUUCUUCUUCUCCAACAAAAGAAAAAAUGUCUCGCGAUUGGAUCCCUUUUGGUUUGGGACCGAGACAGUGUAUAGCGAGAAAUUUGGCGAUGAGAGAAUUGGUUUUGGCGACGAAGGCUUUGGCGGUUAGUGGGGUUUUGGAGGGGGCGAGAGUGGUGGGGGAGAAGGUGGAGGUUGUGGAGUGGUUUAAUGCGAGAGUGAAGGGGGGGAGGGUGGAGGUUUUUUGGGAGUGA